AUGAACAAAGUUAAUCCUAGCCAACAAGAAAUCGCUAUGACAUCAAGACAAGAACGAUUAACAACUGCUGCUUACCAACAAGACCGCAUGGCAAGUGCUGAAGAAGGUAUUGGAGCCUGUGGUUGGGUUCUGGUCAUAUUAUCUUAUAUACUUUGUGCAUUAACAUUUCCAUUCUCACUUUGUUUUAUUAUCAAGGUUGUACAAGAAUAUGAACGAGCAGUUAUUAUGCGUCUUGGUCGAAUUCUUCCUGGUGGUGCGAAAGGUCCUGGCUUAUUCUUUGUUCUACCUUGUGUUGAUUCAAUAAUUAACAUUGAUUUACGAACUGUUACUUUCAAUGUUCCUCCUCAAGAAAUUCUUACACGAGAUUCAGUGACAGUUUCGGUUGAUGCUGUUGUUUAUUUCCGAGUAUUUAAUCCUGUAAUGAGUGUAACUAAUGUUACAGAUGCAUCUACUUCAGCACAAUUACUUGCAGCUACAACACUUCGAAAUAUUUUAGGUACGAAAACGUUACAUGAAAUUUUAACUGAACGUGAAACUAUUGCGCAUUUAAUGCAAACUCAUCUUGAUGAAGGAACUGAACCAUGGGGAGUGAAAGUUGAGCGUGUUGAAAUAAAAGAUGUUCGGUUGCCUGCCAGUAUGCAACGUAGUAUGGCUGCUGAAGCUGAAGCUGGUCGAGAGGCUCGUGCAAAACUCAUAGCCGCUGAAGGUGAACAAAAAGCAUCUCGAUCAUUAAAGGAAGCGGCUGAUAUAAUUAAUGAGAGUCCAAUUGCAUUACAAUUACGUUAUCUUCAAACAUUAACAACUGUAUCAGCUGAAAAGAAUUCAACAAUCGUUUUUCCAAUACCUAUCGAACUUUUACAAUUAGUAAAAGCUAGAGGCUCUGGUGGAUCUUCAACUUUUUGA